UUUACAGUACUCCCUCCCUGCAUUCCUCUUCAAGUUUUCUUCUAUUUCACUUUCAAGCAUUUGCAUAAUUUUUUUCAGUUUUUGUUUGUCACUUCAAUUUAUUUUUUUUAUUUUUUAUCUAGAACAUCAGCAAAUGGGGAUGGACUCUGGGAUCAAUAUUUCAGAUGAAAUUGCACAUUAUGGGGGACAAAGUGCAUUUACCCAACUGGAGCAUAACAUUGUGGCUGGAUAUCUCAUCACCGCAGGCGUCAUCAGUUUAACAAGCAACAUUGUGGUGCUGAUGAUGUUUGUCAAGUUUAAGGAACUUCGCACGCCGACCAACUUCAUAAUAAUCAACUUGGCUUUAACGGACAUCGGAGUGGCUGGUAUUGGCUAUCCCAUGUCUGCUGCUUCAGACAUCCACGGCAGCUGGAAAUUUGGCUAUGCUGGCUGUCAGAUCUAUGCAGCUCUGAACAUAUUCUUUGGUAUGGCCAGUAUUGGCCUGCUGACUGUGGUGGCCAUUGAUCGCUACCUUUCCAUCUGCAGACCAGACAUAGGUCAGAAAAUGACAGUACGAUCAUACAGUCUUCUUAUUCUGGCAGCGUGGUUGAAUGCAGUGUUCUGGUCUUCCAUGCCCACAGUGGGCUGGGCUGGUUAUGCCCCUGACCCCACUGGAGCUACAUGUACCAUCAACUGGAGACAGAAUGAUGCCUCUUUCAUCUCUUACACCAUGGCAGUGAUUGCUGUGAACUUUGUGGUUCCUCUGUGUGUCAUGUUUUACUGUUACUACAAAGUAUCAGUCACUGUCAGGAGAUACAAAGCAAGCAACUGCCUGGACAGCAUUAACAUGGACUGGUCCGAUCAGAUGGAUGUCACCAAGAUGUCCAUUGUAAUGAUUGUCAUGUUCCUGGUUGCCUGGUCUCCAUACUCCAUGGUGUGUCUGUGGGCAUCGUUCAGUGACCCUAAGACUAUCCCUGCUCCCAUGGCUAUUAUUGCUCCACUCUUUGCCAAGUCCUCCACCUUUUACAACCCCUGUAUUUACGUCAUUGCCAACAAAAAGUUCAGAAGAGCCAUCAUAGGGAUGAUUCGAUGUCAAACAAGGCAGCGAAUCACCAUCACUACACAGGUUCCCAUGACAACUUCCCAACAACCCCUGACCCAGUGAGAUGAAAUUGCUUCAGUAUGACAUCAUAUUAAUAUUGAUGUAACUGUGUAGAACAUUUCUAUGAUGACAUAACACAAAUCACUGAUGGUGCUUCUUCUAUUCUUCGGAUCAAUAACCUGAUACGCUCGUGUUUACUGUGUAAAUCCCACUUGAUGCUACAUUGCUGCUGCUCUUUGUGAUCCACUUACUUCAAUUACCAACUGACAAGGAAAAUCUUUCUGUAUUCCAUGUUUAACUGAUUGGCAGACUCAAAUGUGUACAUUAUUGUAGUAAUUGAUUGGGUGCCAGUGGCUCACAUUUUUUAAUCAGUAAUCUGCUUUUACUGUCUAGUUUGCGAAGCCCUCGUGCUCAACAAAUAUAUUUCUUCUCCUUCAGCCCCAUCGCCCAUAUUAUAUGUAAUUGACAUAAAUGCACUGUACAAAUUGUUUAGAAGUGUGAGAGCUGCUUAGGCUGGAUCUAAAAAAACAGCUGGGUCUGAUGAUCGCAGCGUCCAUCAUCACACACCCGGUGCUGAUAUGUAACUUCCCAGCAGCUGGAUUUCCAUAUCUGUGAAAAGCAGCUGGAGUGUUUCUUUCUCCUCCCUCCUGCCUGGUCUGUCCGAAGUUUUAGGAAACCUGUAAAUAAACUAAUAAAAAC